UCUAUAUUUCAUUCUCUUCUCUGUCUGUACGGACUAAUAACGCCUCCUCCUUCUUCUUCUUCACCAUCUUUCUUCUUUGCAUUUUUCUCUCUCUUUCUGAAUCCAUGGCUGCCAUUGUUCCUUCUCACCUCUCACUUCAACAACCCAAAACUUCAUUCUCUUUCAAAACCCUUCAAAGCCCUACUCCAGCUUUCCUUCCAACACCCUCCUCUGAACUUCGUUUUGGGGUGAAAUUAGGAAAUGGGUUUGCACCGAAAGCUCCAAUGGCUGUCGUGGAAUCGAACAUCAGGUCCACGGUUUCGGACAAGAAAAUCAACAGUCCCAUAAUUGUGAUUGACAAUUACGACAGCUUCACCUACAACCUCUGCCAGUAUAUGGGAGAGCUGGGCUGUCAUUUUGAAGUUUACCGCAAUGAUGAACUAACUGUGGAGGAACUGAAAAGGAAAAAUCCCAGAGGAGUGCUUAUCUCUCCCGGGCCAGGCGCACCGAAAGAUUCAGGGAUAUCAUUGCAAACUGUUUUGGAGCUCGGACCAAUGGUACCGUUGUUUGGUGUAUGCAUGGGCUUGCAGUGCAUUGGGGAAGCUUUUGGAGGUAAGAUUGUAAGAUCUCCUAAUGGUGUCAUGCAUGGAAAAAGCUCUCUUGUUUACUAUGAUGAGAAAGGAGAGGAAGGGUUGUUCUCUGGAUUAUCCAACCCUUUCACUGCUGGUAGAUACCACAGCCUUGUGAUUGACCCGGACAGUUUUCCCCAUGAACAACUUGAGGUUACAGCAUGGACAGAGGAUGGGCUCGUAAUGGCUGCUCGCCACAAAAAAUAUCGACAUUUGCAGGGAGUUCAAUUUCACCCUGAGAGUAUAAUUACUACAGAAGGCAAGGGAAUUGUGCAGAAUUUUAUCAAAAUGAUUGAGAGAAGAGAGGCAGAAACAGAGAACUAGAUCUUUGGUUUACUACAUUCAAUUCAACACACAUAGGCUUUUUUUCCAUUCUUUUAGACUUGUGAUGAACUAUGCUAUGUAGUAAACUAUAAUCAAAGUUGGCAAACUAGUCUGUUCUUCUUGUUUUAAUUGCUUCA